CAGUGUUUUGGCAGGUAUGAUUGAAAAAACACGCUGCAUUGGAAAUAGUUCAAGGACUUUCACGUCUUGACGCACAAAAAAGGCUUUCCGCGAAGAGCUCUCUUGGACUUUAAACGGAUCUGUUAUUCUCAACAACAAAAAAAACCUGUAAAGAUGAAGCUGGAGGUGUUGCGUGGGGGCUUAUAUGAGAUUAAAAACACCGAAGUGUCCAGUGAUGCAGAGAGCAAUGCACAGUCGUUUGUGUGUGCAGAGGAGGAGCUGGGGUCGGAUGGAGACUGCGCGGCGCACAGCCCUCCACCUGUCAGUGCGUGCGGGGGCAGCAAGUCCAAGCCCUACACACGGAGACCCAAACCCCCGCUGUCCUACAUCGCUCUCAUCGCCAUGGCCAUCCGUGAUUCUCCCUCCGGACGCCUGACUUUGGCAGAUAUAAACGACUACCUAAUGAAGAAUUUCCCGUUUUUCAGGGGCAGCUACACUGGCUGGAGAAACUCGGUGCGACAUAACCUGUCCCUGAAUGACUGUUUUCUCAAGGUGCUUCGGGACCCUUCCAGACCCUGGGGAAAGGACAAUUACUGGAUGCUCAACCCGAACAGCGAGUACACGUUCGCUGACGGGGUGUUCCGGCGUAGAAGGAAGCGCAUUAACGGAAAACACAGCCGGGAGAAGGAGGUGUGCGAGCCGGCGGAGGAACCGGGGAGCUCCGGGCACCAGCCCGCUGCUGCGACCCCCGCGGCUCAUCCCUCUCCCAAGUUCACAAGCUCAUUUGCUAUUGAGAGCAUCCUCAGCAAGCCGUUUAAAAGGGACUUGAACAAAGAAUAUUUCCCUAUAUUUCCUCCCAUCUCCUGGCAGCCCUACACUGAGCUGUUGGUGCGUCAUUCAGAAGCCCCUACGUCAUAUAAAGCCUCAUUUAUGGUUCUGCGUUAAAUCAACGCAGGGCCUACGCCGUAGGGUACGCGUUAUGUAACGCAGUACCAUAAAUCAUCAUUAAGGCAUCCUGUCAUUUGUACCCCUGCGUGCAGAACAAUUACGCUGCUGGGCUUUCAAAGAUGAGCAGGAAAAAGAAAACCUUUUUUUUUUUCCUAACGUUAUGUUGAAAUCUUAAUUUGCAUUUGACUUAACUGUGGGGGUACGACUUUUAUUUUAAACCACCCCGACACUGUCUUUAUUUAAUCCUCCAUUAACUAUUUGUUGUUACUGAAAAAUAUAUAAUUGACGUUGCUAUUUGUUGAACAAACAAGAGAAAAUGUGAAUUUUGACUGUUAUGCUCUCCUUUUUUUUUUCUUUUUGUAAAAUGUAAAAUAAAAAGCAACUCAAUGAC